UUCUUGGCUUCUCCUGACAGCCGAAGUUGCGUGUUUCUGUCACGGCACCUGGCAACCCAGUCUGCCUCCGCUCCUGCUGACUGUUUAGCCGUGUUUUGUCUGAACUGAUGUAACCUCGGCGGGCUCAAAGGGCCACAAAGGUCACCUUAACCAACUCAGGGCUGAAACACCCGAGGCUCGCAGCGGGCAGCUAGCUAAAGUCAGCCGCCGUCCUGCACCGGAGAGCCGCGCAGAAACAUGUUGACUCGCAUGUUGAUCUACUUCAUCAACCACCUCCAUGUCAUCGAGAGGCUGGCCGAGUCUCGUCCGAUCCGCAGGGCGGCCCAGAUAACAGCCUACGCCGUCACCAAGGCUCAGAUCCUGGGCCGGGACGCCUCGGAGCGGCUCCUGCGGUCCGACGCGCUGCGGCAGGUCCGGGAGGAGGCCGGCAGGGUCCACGGCGGCCAGGGGGACGUGGCGGGCCGCCUCCGGAGAAUCAGAGAGACCUUCGUUAAAGAGCUGAAGCAGGGCUGGAGGGACGGAUCCAGACACAUCAAGUAACCACAAGGCUGAAGUGUUGUUUGGAUCAGGUGUGGAUGUUUGGCGAUGUGACUGGAGACCCGCUGCGACCCCGGCUCAUUCACACACACACUGACAACAAGCUCAUGUAACCUCAUGAGAUGUGACAGUGGCUUAAUGGACCGCGAUCAGUCAACAACCAGGACUUAUAAUAAGAAGAACAUGCACUGGUCAUUUAAAAAUGUGUGCAGAAAGAGAAGUGUGUCUCUUUCUGCAGAUACCUCUGUUCGUCAAGCGUGUGUGUGUGUGUGUGUGUGUGUGUGUGUGUGUGUGUGUGUGUGUGUGUGUGUGUGUGUGAAGAAAGUUCUUUGUUCAAUCUCACUGUGACUGGGUAAAUAAAAUGUAUAUACAAGAUUAA